UCUUCUUUGGUUAGCUCAUGAGAAGUACCCAUAGAGAUUAAAAAGGAAAAUAUUAAAAGGAAGAAAAUGAACUCCGAACUUGAGGAUAACAGUGAAUGUGCCCCAAUGGCAACAGGGUCUUUGUCCAAGCGUCUCUCUGAGUGUUCUGAAGAAGAAGAACGUCUUAGAAAAAUUCCAAAGCUGUCAUACGAAGAAGCUGCAUUAUACCAGGCCGGAUGUUGUAAAAACGAAGAUAUUUUCCAGAUGUUUUUAAGCGAAGAUGCUAGUACAGAUUUUGAAUUUGAAGGAAACCCACUCAAGACUAUGUCAAAAACAAAACUACAUGUUGCAGUUUCAUCAAAGAACCCAAGUGCUGUUCAUGCUAUUUUGCAGAGUGACCCAAGCCUAAUUGACAUGAAAGACUCGGAAGGAAAUACAGCGUUACACUACGCUACCGGGUAUGGACAUGAAGAAAUUGUCAAGAUGCUUCUUGCCAAAGGUGCCAUUCCUCAUCUUCAAAACAGAAGGGGUCAGACGCCCCUUCACAUUAUUGUGAGUGGUCCUUUUUAUGCUGAAGAAGAAGAUGAUAUUUAUAGUGAAGAUGAAGAUGAUGAAUAUAGAGAUGUAGAGCUCCAAGAAUCUGUCGAUGAAAGAUAUAUAAGAGUGAUGAAGGAGCUAAUUGCCGCAGGUGCUGAUUUGCUCCUCCAAGAUAAAUGGGGUAGGACACCCCUUCAUAUGGCUCUGCAUUCCGAAAACAAGUUAGGAGCAGAAGUCCUAGUGGAAGGAAAUAGUGAAAAUAACCUUCAAGAUGUAAGGGGAAACACUCCCUUGCAUCUUGCUGUACAAGAGCAAGUUUAUUACUUCAAAAUAGUGAAGAAGCUGCUUGCUGCAGGGGUAAGUACCCGUAUUCAGAAUAAUCAGAGCAAUACACCCCUAUUCAUUGCUCUAAACCAUGGAUACACUGCUUUAGCAAACAUCCUCGUGGAUGCGGAUAGCGAAAACAACCUUCCAGAUGGGUUUGGGUUGAGUCCCUUGCACCAGGCAGCAAGAGAGGGACGUGUUCCAAUAGCGAGAAAGCUGUUGUUUUGUGGUGCACACCCACACACAAAGGCUAGGAAUGAAGACCGCUUUGACACUGGAAGAAUUGGAUACCCACUGGGAAUUGCUAUGUAUUAUAGAAGGAGUACUAUUGUAGAACUGAUUCUUUUAGCGUGUGCCUUGAGAGGUAUUGUGAUUGAUUGGGAGAAGGAUCUGGAUUUUAAGAUAGCGCUUAGUUGGAUGGACAAGUUUCCUACCAUACAAUUCUACAAAGAUUUGUGUGUGGGAUUUGAUCUGGAGGUCCAGAAGAUGAAGGCUGCAAAGAUACAUAGAACUACUCUAGUCUCUUACUAUGACUUUGCAAGGAAGCACGAAAGAAAGUUGGCUCUCUACCUCAAAAACAAAAACGUCGAAACGGUUUUAAAUUCGAUUAACAUUUCUGAUCACUUGCCAAAUUACGGACAUCUUAUCACUUUUAAAAUACACAGGGCUAAAAAGAGAAGGGCCCUGAUCGCUCGUUGUCUGAAAUGCUUCUACGUCUUGGGGAAAAAGUUGCCAUCUGUGCUGAAAAUAAACACUGACACCAUAUUAGAUUGUUUGAGUGAAAGAGAUAUGCAAAAUUUUGUCAAAGCUUUUAAUUUCAAGGCUUGA